GAGUGAAUGUUCCGGGUCAGAAACUGGACGAGAGAGGAAAUUAACUCCGGGACGAGACGGAACAACGACAAUGGUGCCCGCCUCCGCGCUGAGGUGUAGCCUGGCUGGUUCACUUUUGACCCUGUGAAAGACGCUUUUAAACGCGGCGGGGAGCCCAGCAGCGCGAGGAACCAACCAACCGAGAGAGCGCGCGCGAGAGAGAGAGGAGAAAAAAAAAAAACAGGUGCCGACAAAGUAACGCUAACCAAAGUGGGGACGACGGGGAGUGAAGCUCAUGUUCGCCGCGACCUGACCAGCGUUAGCUCGGUGUCACCAGCGCCACUCGUCCGCCGCCUGCGCGUCGAGCUCGGCUCGUGCUUGACGGUGAAUCUGGUCCGGGACCGUCCCGGCGGUAGCAAUCUGUUGCAUCCCCUCCUCCCCGCUGCCUGUUUAUCGCGCGGCUCGCCGUGAUGUUUCACUGCAUUCCCCUGUGGCGGUGCAACCGUCAUGUCGAGGCGAUCGAUAAGCGCCACUGCUCCCUGCUCUAUGUGCCCGACGAGAUCUACCGCUACGCGCGGAGUUUGGAGGAGCUGCUGCUGGACGCCAACCAACUUCGGGAUUUGCCCAAGCAAUUUUUCCAGUUGGUAAAAUUAAGAAAACUUGGCCUGAGUGAUAAUGAGAUUCAGAGGCUUCCGGCAGAGAUCGCCAACUUCAUGCAGCUGGUAGAACUGGAUGUCUCACGGAAUGAUAUUAUAGAAAUUCCAGAAAGCAUUUCAUACUGCAAAGCCCUUCAAGUGGCUGAUUUCAGUGGAAAUCCAUUAACAAGGUUACCUGAAACCUUUCCAGAGCUACGGAAUCUUACUUGCCUUUCCAUCAAUGAUAUUUCAUUGCAAAACCUUCCAGAUAAUAUUGGACAACUUUCUAAUUUGGUAUCACUAGAACUCAGAGAGAAUUUAAUGUCCUCCCUGCCAGACUCACUAUGUUUACUUCAUAGACUUGAAGAACUUGACCUAGGAAAUAAUGACCUUUACUGUUUGCCGGACUCUAUAGGCUGUCUUGUGAGCUUAAAGGACUUGUGGCUGGAUGGAAACCAGUUGCCUGAAAUACCUGCAGAGAUCGGCAGCAUGAAAAACCUCUUGUGUCUGGAUGUGUCGGAAAACAAACUGGAGCGACUUCCAAACGAGCUUGGAGGCCUGGUGUCGCUCACUGACCUGCUGGUGUCUCAGAACCUCAUUGAUGCUGUGCCUGAAAGCAUUGGAAAACUGAAGAAGCUUUCUAUACUGAAAGCUGACCAGAACAGACUAACCUUUCUUCCAGAGAGCAUCGGCAACUGUGAAAGUCUCACUGAACUUGUGCUCACAGACAACAAGCUGCAGAGCUUGCCGAGGAGCAUUGGAAAAUUAAAGCGACUUUCCAACUUCAACUGUGACAAAAACCAGCUGAUGUCGCUGCCUAAAGAGAUCGGUGGCUGCUCUGGUCUGAACGUCUUCUGUGUUCGAGAGAACAGACUGAUGAGGAUCCCCUCAGAGCUGUCACAAGCCACAGAACUGCAUGUGCUCGAUGUCUCUGGAAAUAGGCUGCUCCACCUACCAAUGUCUCUGACCACACUACGCUUGAAAGCCUUGUGGUUGUCAGAAAACCAGUCGCAGCCUCUCCUCACCUUUCAGACCGACGAGGAUCCGGACUCGGGUGAGAAGGUGCUCACCUGCGUGCUGCUGCCUCAGCAGCCGAGUGAAGGUUCUGAUAAACUUUCCCGUUGUGGAGCUCUGGAGAGCCUGGUGAACGACAUGGCGGAUGACACAUGGGAGAACAAAGGAAUGAGCAGGAUGAGUGCCAUUCAAUUCGAGGUUGACGACGAUGAUGAUGAAAAGGGGACCCUACUCCGACGUGCCACUCCUCACCCUGGUGAGCUGAAAACGAUGAAGAAAGCAGCCGAGAGCCUCCGCAAUGACAUGAACGCUGCCAAAGGCCUGGACUCCAACAAAAACGAGGUCAAUAACACUACAGACAGAGUGACCACGUCCGUGGAAUGUAGAAAUCCUCAUACUAACCCAUCUCUCAAGACCAGUAGCAAAACCUGGGCCACCCCAAGCUUUAGCUGGGCGGAGAACAAAGAGGCUCUGCCAGAGGGUCCUCAGCUGCUCCCAGCCAGCGACGGUGUGUGUGGUUACUGCUCCAGUGCAGAGGAUGUGAGGAAGGCUGAGCAACCAGCAGAGGUUGGUGCAGGCCACCUUCCAGAGAGCAACGUCGUACCGCGGCGGUUUCACAAUCACAAAAGCAAAACCAAAGAAGCCAGGAAGCCUCAGCCUGACAGAGCUCCUAAUGCGUGGCCCGGUCUCCAUGGAGACCCCGUGGAGAAGACAAAGAUGCCCUCUGCCUCAGCCAUGAAGCCUGAUGUGGUGACAGACAAGUCCCCUCCUCAGGAAUCACUAUUGUCUCAAGUGCCAUUAAAAUUGCAGGUCAAAGUAUCUGGGCAGAGGGGAACUCUGGGAAUCAGCAUUGCUGGAGGAAAGGGCUCUCUGCCUUACAAAGACCAUGACGAGGGCAUUUUUAUUUCUAGGGUAACAAUAGGAGGGGCGUCGGAAAAGGCGGGGAUCCAUGUUGGGGAUAGAUUGCUGGAGGUCAACGGCCUUAACAUGCAGGGGGCCACCCACCACGACGCAGUCAGCGCGCUGAGGAAUGCUGGGAGCUGCAUCAAGAUGAAAGUACUGAGAGAGAGGCCUCCGGACCCUGUGAUGGGUCCCCAUCUGUGUAGCCAUGACGGCAGACAGUCAAACAUGGAGAGCGCGGACGACCGUCUGCUCAGGAAGAUUGAGGCAGUUGUCUGCAAUGGCAACAGCAUAGUUGAUUUGAAGAGUGACAGGAGGAAUACCUUGUCUGAUCUGGAGAUGGCAGUUUUAACAAAACUGGAUUCACUCCAAGCUGGAAGCCAUUCAAUGACGAUCCCACGAAUCAUCCUCACUCAUCCCUCUACGUCGGAUGAAGACGUGGAGCUCCUGACGCACAUCCCCAGCAGAGAGCGUCUCCAGCGCGUCCCUGACAGGCGUGUAUACUCCGACUGUUUCGACAGCGCUUUCAACCCACCCUGAACGCAGCGUAGGACUCCGACUGUUGUCGCCCAGCCCCUCGUUUUGUGGUACUAAUGCACUUUGAGUGACGUUACCUGAAGGAACAAGUUGAUGGAUAUAUUUUUUUUACUGUCAGUGCAAAGCUUUUUCGUCUUAACUGCUGCUAAGUGGAAGAGUGGACAAACACCACUAUGACCUCAAGAACCUGUAAAGUAUAGUAAAACUUGAAAUACGCCUAUAACAUGAAACCUAAAUGAAGUUCGUAGAAUUCUGCUGCAGCUCCACAGUGUGUGCGUUGGUACAUAGUGUCUCUGCACAUGCCAGGGUGACUUUUAUAGUCUGCACUGAGAUAAGAUGCCACACGGCUGAACAGCAGGAGGUCUGAGUCCCGACACAGGCUGAUCUUUGCCUCUAAUGUGCACACACACACACACACACACACACGAACACACACACACACACACACACACACACACAUACACACACACACACACACACACACACACACACACGCACGCUGCUUAAGCUAAAUGCACUUGUUCCAUUGUGAAAAGACGGCGUUAGACAAAUGUAUAGACGGUGAUGCAGCCAAAGCCUAGAAUGUGCAAAGUAUUAGCGUAUCAAGUCCUGCUUUGUAUUAUUUAUAGUUUUUCUAUUCGCAGAAUAAAAAGGUUUAUUGUUUAGUGUUCACUUUCUCAAUAAACUCCAAAUGCAUAUUGUUC